AUGUCACUAGAUCUAUGUAAGUCCUCAACAGGAAUACAUACAUACCAACUGGCGCGAACACGGACCUGGUAUUUAAUUCCGUUUGUCAUUGGCUGGUACUUUCAAUGGGUCGGUUAUAUUGGCAGAGCGAUAUCUGGUCAUGAAAGCCCCGACUCCUCCACGGCGCCUGUAUUCAUGGAGCUCGGACGCAUCAUCAGGCUUGUCGACGGCGAAGAACAUUCUCUAGUCAGGAUAAAAUGGCUGGCGUUGACAUUUGUUCUCGGAGACGUGAUAUCUUUUCUAAUGCAAGGAUGGGAUAUGCCACAUUAUACCUACACCACUAUCCCUGACCUCACUCCUACAAGUAUGCUGAUGUAUGUAGGGUGUGGAGUGACGUUCGACGACAGCGGCAGCUCUCUCAAUAAUGGAGACCACAUUAUUAUUGGCGGGUUAACGGUGCAGCUGCGUCCAACACCUCGUUCUCAACAACCAAAUAUAGAGUGGGAAAAGCACAUUUACGCACUUUACGGCAGCAGUUUGCGUAUCCUGGUUCGAUUGGUUUCCCGUCCAAUUGGAUACACCCAAGGAAAUGCUGUGUACCAUGUAUCACAUGAGGCAUUUCUAUAUCUCUUUGACGGACUUUUGAUGCCAGCGACGAUGGUGGUGUUGGUGUGGAUUCACCCGAGUCAGGCAGAUGUGCUGUUGAAGGGUGGACAUGGCGCCAAGGCUGUCAGGUGUGUAUAUUCUGUCUAUUCUAUGACUUGGAAAUGA